AUGGUGGUGGGCGGCUACAAUCAAUUCCAAAACCAGCUGCAAGCAGCCGGAGCCCAGCUGCAAUCGGCCAUCGACCACAGCCAGGGAAAGUGGUUCGCCCCGGGCGAGGCCCUGCCCCCGGGCUUCCAGAUCACCUCGCACCCCGAGGGGCACCUUGAGCCCCAGGCCCACCACGCGAUGUCGGAGGCCGUGUCUGCCCUGAAGGGCAUGCCCGGCAAGCUCGGAUCCGCAUUCGAUGACGCCGCCAAGGCUUCUGCGAAAGGCAAGGACAAGAAGAAGAGCAAGAAGAAGAAGUCCUCCGGCUGCUGCUGA